AUGAAUCGAAUGGAGGGCACGAAGAAGACCAAUGCCAGGCCGCGCAGAAACGAUGACGCAGAGCACUUUGAUGCGCGCUUCAAGAUUGUCCUGUUGGGUGAGUCGGGUGUCGGGAAGACCUCACUCAUUCGUUCUGCAAUGGGGCAGGACUUUAACCCAUCCAUGAUCUCAACUAUAGAAUUUCCUUCGCUGAUGAUUGUCGUAACCGCCGUCAAGGAUGAUUUGUAUGCCAAGUGGAAUGUUCAUUGCACCGGACUCAGUAUCCCAGAGACUACAGAUGGACCUUGCUGA